AUGAGCUUGUCUCUCAAGCACAUCCCUUGUCCAGCUGGCAACAAGUGCACAGCCUUUCAUUGCAUCUUUGGCCAUGAGAAUGAUCAGCCUGCCGCCCCAGCAGUGUCAGCUGCUGGAGCUGGGAACAAUGGACCACAAAUCAAGGAGACCACAUCAGCCAACCAAGAGGUUCCACGAAAGCGCAUGAGAGCAGACCCUGCGGACUCACCUAGGAUAUCUCAAAAUUCCAGCCAAGCUUCUUCUGGAACAUCCCGUGUAGGGAGCGCCGACCGUCCAGUGUCGCCUCCAACUUUGAAGCGAAAACUUCCAACAUCGAACAAAGCCCAAGAUGAGACUCCAAGGGCCUUGUCCAGAUCAUUGGCCCAGCCAGGCUCCAGGCCCAUCAGUCAAUCACGCCCAUCGCCAGCGCAGAAGCCUGCGCUUGUCAAAGCCAAGAAGGCUGAAUCACUGAACCCCAGGCUUCUUAAAAGCUCUCCAGCCGGCCAUGAUAUCCGUCUGAGGCUUGUCCGGAUGCUUCAUCAAGAGUUCACCCGGCUAAACACAGAGCUCAAGAAAAAGAACAAAGACGGCAAAACUGACCUUGCCUUGUCCGAUCAGGACCUUAUCGUUCGAGCCCUGGACGAGGAGGAGCACCUCGCCGUCCACAAGGCAGCAGUCUACUCAAACGUCAUGAAAAACAAGGUCAUGCAGUACAAGCGCAUGAAUGUCGACCAGUGGAAGACAGAGCGGGAGGAUGAGAGGAAGAAGGCCGCGCUCGAGGCUGAGGGCAAGGACGCUUCCGACGUGCCAAAAGAGAUCAAGACAGGUCUAACACCAGCUCAAGAGGUUGAGCUCACCAAGCAGCUAUUGACGUCGAUCGAAAAGUUGGCAGAGCACGGAUAUGUCCCUGUUAUUCCUACAGAGGAGGCCAUCGAGAGGGCGAGGCAAGGUGUCGAGGCGGCCAAGGGGUGGGAGAAGUGCGACCGCUGCCAGCAGCGUUUCCAGGUUUUCCCAGGGAGACGCGAAGAAGACGGUGCCCUCACAUCAGGCGGAACAUGCACCUUUCACUGGGGCAAGACGUAUAUUGCACCCAAAACCCCGGGCGACAAGACCAGGCAGCCCAAGCGGUACCAGUGCUGUGGCCAGGAGGUGGGAGACUCUGUUGGCUGCUUUACUCGUGAUCACCACGUCUUUAAGACGUCGGAUCCCAAGAGGCUUGCAUCUUUACUCAACUUUGCAGAGACGCCCGAGAACCCAUUCGCACCGACGGAUAGAGCUGUGGCUUUUGACUGCGAGAUGGGAUACACGGUCUACGGCAUGGAGCUGAUUCGACUGACAGCGACAUCUUGGCCGACAGGAGAGGAACUAUUGGAUGUCCUGGUCCGACCUCUUGGAGAGAUUCUCGACCUCAACUCGCGGUACUCUGGUGUCUGGCCAGAAGACCUCGCCCAGGCCGAACCGUGGUCCGCAGACGACACCUCCAAGCCCGCCAAGAGCAGCGACGAGAGCGUUAGCGAAGACGGCGAGAUCAAACCUAAGAAGAAGAAGCUCAAAGUCGUCUCGUCCCCCGAAGUUGCUCGAGAUCUCCUAUUCUCGCUGAUCUCACCCAAGACGCCCCUUAUUGGGCACGGCUUAGAGAAUGACCUCAACGCCGUCCGCAUCGUGCACCCAACCAUCAUCGAUACGGUGCUUCUUUACCCCCACAAGGCCGGCCUUCCCUACCGGUACGGGCUAAAGAUGCUCAUGGACGUCCACCUCAACCGCAAGAUCCAGCAGGAGACAGGACCAAAGAUGCUGGGUCACGACUCAGCCGAGGACGCCAGAGCAGCGGGUGAUCUUGUACGCCUCAAAAUCCGCAACCUAUGGAUGGACAUGCAGAGGGAUGGUUGGAAAUUGGUCGAUGGGGAGUUUGUGGCUCCUCCUGGAAAGGGUAAUGGAGGGGACAAGGGAUUGACAGAAGAGUUUAUCGAGACUCAAUCUAGCAUAGUUCUUUGA